AUGGAAGCAUCGUCCGCCGAUUCUGCUCAGCUAGCUACUGCUAGGGCCAGGCAGCAUAACCAGCGGUCCAAGCUACUGCAAUGUCCUCCAGAGAUCCUCAAGAUUAUUGCUCUAUGGAUCCGCGACCCACUUGAACGGAUGCGCUUCAGUCAUAUAUGCUCUUUCCUUUUCAGCAUCACUUCCUCCCGUGAUUGGUUUGACCUAUUUUGCUUCCAUCACCCUUCCUGGUCUCGUGGUUGUAAACUUGAAGAUGAACCCGACAGAGAUGGUACAUCCAUGUGGAAAAAGAUCACAGUCAAAGACUCGUACCUAUUCAAAAGAUUGACGGCUGAUCUACCGCCAUUACCACCACCACUAACGUCAUUGUCGCUGCAACAAUCUUCCGAUGCCGAUGUCAAUGCCGAUGCUGAUGCCAGUGCCAAUGCCAAUAUUGCUAUGGAUGUUGACUCAGCUUUCGAACACACUAUACCAAAUUCUGAUGCAGUAUAUGUAAUAGCACCAUCAGAAACAGUGGCCUCUGAAGUAACCGGAGCUGCAUCAAUGUCAGAAGUAUCAAAUAAUGUCCAAACAAGAGUAGGUCGUCUGAGAGUGUUGCUUAAUGAGGCACAAGUUUUUCACUCAGAUACGACCACCACAAAUGGCAAAUGGAGACGCAUUGGUUCCCCUGUAUAUAACAUCCACUAUCCAUCCGACAGCAUCAUUUCAGCUUCGAUACCCAUGCGACCUACAGCCACAGAUGGGGACUGCCUUCAAGAUCGCUAA